UUUGCUCAAUAUGGUGUGGGUUUUUAAAGAUUAAGAAAUUCGUACCACUUCGUCCCCAAAAUGACAGAGGGUCGAUUUCAAUACAUUUACAGCUGCGAUUUAGAAGAAAAUGUCGAAAUAAAGAUAGGGACAUUAGAAGGGGAGAGGGAGAGGCCCAGCUAUAAUGACCUGCUCAAUGAUCCAAUGUUGAGGUACUCUGGGGCGUACUGUCCAGACUGUUCGGAUCUGUAUGUGACCUGCAGGGUGUUUAGUGGAGGCAACCCGAUCUCCCUCAUCAGCCACACAGCAUACAAGGCUUUCAGUACCAGAUGGAAUUGGAAUGAGUGGUUGCGCCUGCCAAUCAAAUACAGUGACCUGCCCCGGGACUCAGUAUUGGCCCUGACUGUGUGGGACAUCUACGGCACAGACCGCGUCAUCCCUGUGGGAGGAACAACCAUCACUCUCUUUGGCAAGAAGGGGACUUUUCGCCAGGGCAUGCAUGACCUGAAAGUGUGGCCAGAUGUCGAGGCUGACCCCCGCCCCCAGACCACCACCCCAGGGAAACCACGUGACAGCCAUGACCAGAUGAGCAGGCUCUCUAAGCUGAGCAAGCGCCACCGCGACGGUCACAUGGUUAAGAUAGACUGGCUGGAUCGGCUGACAUUCAGGGAGAUUGAGAUGGUCAAUGAGCGACAGAAACGUGACUCCAACCACAUGUACCUGAUGAUAGAGUUCCCUCGUGUCUUCUAUGAGAACAUUGACUAUACCAUUGUCUACUUUGAGAAGGGAGGAGAUGAUGGUAACACAUUCAACACGUAUGGGGACCUGGUUGUGAUACCUGACCCAGAGAUCUCACUGGAGAACUUGGUAGAAAGCAAGCAUCACAGACUGGCCCGCUCUCUCCGUAGUGGCCCCACUGACAGGGACAUGAAACCAGAUGCAAAGAUCCGUAACCUGCUCAACACCAUUGUUGGUUACCCACCAACCAAAACUCUUACUUCAGAGGAAGAGGACUUGGUGUGGAAAUAUAGGUUCUACCUCUCCUCGCAGAAAAAGGCUUUGACAAAGUUCCUGAAGUGUGUGAAGUGGAGCCAGGCAGGUGAGGUUAAGCAAGCCUUGGAGCUUCUGGGCUCCUGGAGCCCCAUGGAUGUGGAGGAUGCCCUCGAGCUGCUCACACCCACCUUCUCACACCCGGCCGUCCGCAAGUAUGCUGUCAACAGGCUACGACAGGCUGAUGAUGAUGACCUGCUGCUGUACCUGCUCCAGCUUGUUCAGGCCUUGAAGUAUGAGAACUUUGAUGAGAUCCAGGCAGCCGCUGCAGACACCAGCACAGCCACAACCCGCCGGGAAUCUAUCUCACAGGAUGAUAACUCCCCACAACAGGCAGACAAGGACAGGUAUUCAGCCCCUGUGAUGACGCGGACCACUUCCCAUGAUUCCUUGAUGGAUGAACUUGGCACAUCUCCAAAACAGGAGGAAAGCACAGCAACGCGCCUGGAGAAUGAGAUGGACUUGGCGACAUUCCUCAUCUCUCGAGCUAGCCACAAUCUCAGCCUGGCUAACUAUUUUUACUGGUACUUGAUGGUGGAGAGUGAAGACCAUGAGAUGGAGAAGGAUCAGCGGACAAAGGACAUGUACUAUACAGUGUUCAAACGAUUCAGCAGCAAGCUCGUCAAGGGAGGACAGGAGUUUCGCCACCGCCGAGCCAUGUUGAUUCGCCAGCAAAACUUCAUGGAUCGGCUUGUGAACCUUGUGAAAAUAAUUGCGCGGGAGAGUGGCAACAGGAAGAAAAAGAUAGAAAAGCUGCAGGCCCUGCUCCAGGACCCGGACGUUUGCAAGAUAAAUUUCUCAGACUUUGAGACCCUUCCUCUACCUCUUGACCCCGAUAUCAAGGUCAACGCCAUUGAACCUACAUCUGCUACGCUGUUUAAGAGCAACCUGAUGCCGUGCCGACUGACAUUCCGGACCAAUGAGGGUGGGCAGUAUGUGACAUUGUUUAAACACGGAGAUGACCUGCGCCAAGAUCAACUCAUUCUGCAGAUGUUCACACUUAUGGACAGGCUUUUGAAGAAGGAAAACCUGGAUCUUAAGCUGACACCGUACAAGACUCUAGCAACAAGUACCAAACAUGGUUUUGUGCAGUUCAUAGAGUCGCAGCCCGUGGCUGACGUGUUGGAGAAGGAAGGGACGAUACAGAACUACUUCCGCAAGUUGGCGCCCAGUGAGGGGAGCACAUACGGGAUUGUGCCUGAAGUCAUGGACAACUACAUCAAGAGUUGUGCCAGCUACUGCGUUGUCACCUACCUGCUGGGUGUUGGAGAUCGCCAUCUUGACAACCUAAUGUUAUGUAGCUCAGGAAAGCUAUUCCACAUAGACUUUGGGUACAUUCUGGGACGGGAUCCUAAGCCCCUACCCCCACCCAUGAAGCUCAGCAAGGAGAUGGUGGAUGCUAUGGGAGGGACCACGUCCGACCACUUCAAGGACUUCAAACUUCACUGCUUCACGGCAUUCCUAGCUCUACGCAGGUCAGCCAACCUGAUACUGAACCUGUUUUCCUUGAUGGUGGAUGCCAACAUUCCAGAUAUCGCCCUGGAGCCAGACAAAACUGUGAAAAAGGUCCAGGACAAGUUUGUGUUACACCUGACUGAUGAGGAGGCGGUGGCGUACCUCCAGUCUCUGAUUGACGAGAGUGUCUCCGCCCUCAUGCCCGCACUGGUUGAACAGUUCCAUAAGAUGGCACAGUACUGGAGGCGUUAAGCGUGACCAACAUGUAUGUUUGUGUGGUGGGAUGUGCAAUACUGCAGGAAUAAGACUGUGAUCAUAACAUUUCUUAUGUACAUGUAGUUACAAGAAAGUGCUACACUAGUGCGCUCUUCGCUUUGUGAUAAAAGAACCUUUGUGUUAACCUUCAAAAUGAUAAAUUCCACUUUCUUGAAUACCUUUCUUGUUCAACCUGGUUCUUAAUCAUGAACUAAUUUGUUGUAUGUUGAAAGCUGUUAUGUGUACGUGUACCUGAAUGUAUCGGUUAAAGAUUUAAAUUAAAAGAAAUUUAUUUAAAUGCUGUUACUGAAUACUAUAAACAUGUAUUUCUUUGAUGUGUAAAAUACCAAUCACUAGGUGCAUUACAUAGAAGGCUUUUAAGCCGCUUUAUAAACCUUUUCAUGUGUAAACCAAUACUCAGCCUGACUAUAUGGUUGAAUAUGAAUUAAUUAUUUUAG